AUGACGACUCGUGGAGAUGUAGCUCCGGCGAUUGACUGGAUCGGCUUUCAACUGGCUCUAUCGGCGAUCGAACUAGGAAUUCUAGCUGGACACAACAACUGGAGACAUUUACCAACAGAGCUAAAGAUGAAGAUACUGGAGUCACUUCCUGGAGUAGAUAUUGCAAGGGCUGCUUGCGUGUGUAGAGAGAUUCGGGAUCUGGAUUCGGACAAUGACUUAUGGAAGCAAAAGUUCUUGGAAGAGUUUGCCGAUCGUGUAAGAGAUGAAGAAACGGAAGCAGCUGAUGAUUUGGAUGUUGAUUGGAAAGAUAAGUUUGCUUGUCUAUGGAGGCUAAAGCGAAGAUUAAGAAGAGGGAGGGUAAGUUGCAAUCCAACGUUUGCAACAGAUUGGUUUGGUGCUAGAAAUUGGGAUCGCAGAUCUGGAUCCAGCGCUGCUUUACGUGUUCUUAAGCGAAGGGUGUGA